AUGUUAGAAAACAGUGUAGAAAUAGACAAGACUUUUAUAGGUGGUAAGAAUAAGAAUAGGCAUAGGGAUAAAAAGGUUCCUAAUUCCCAAGAUUUUGAUAGGAUGGUAGAGGCUUUAUCUAAAAUUCCUCCUGAAAACUUGAAAAAAAAGGAUAAAGAUA